CGAUUGACUUAGUGCUAUCGCAAUCUAAUAACUAAUACCAGACAAUCAUCACAGAACAGCUAAUUGCAUUAACACGAUCAAUACGCAAAAGAACCUAUAACCAAUACCCAAUAUCCACCCAACCCUCCCUUCGAAAUCGGUACCUUGCGCAAAGAAAAAAAAAGCUUCACAGCUAAGCUCCACAGCUAGCAGCUAGCAAAAGCACCAUCACCACCCCCAAUUUUACAAAACCCACUGACACACAAAAAUGAACCCCCCGAACACCAACCUCCGUGCCUUCAACCUGGCCGUCACGACCCUCCUCAAAAACCCCUCGCACAUGCUUCCGCACCUCACCAUCCCAACCAUCACCCAGCUCCCCGAACAACUCGGCCCCGCCAUCUCCGCCUCCCUAGCCACGAGCACGAACACCAGCACCACACCCCUCGAAAAACCGCCCCAAAUCCAGAUCCGCGCCCUCAUCCUCGAUAAAGACAACACCCUCUGCCCAGCGCGCACGACGACCUUCCCCCCCGAGAUCCUGGCCAAACUGACGGCACUACGCACCUCGCCGACCUCCCCCUUCAACCAGACGACGGCGCCGGACUCGAUCCUGAUCGUCUCGAACCGCGCGGGGAGCCACCCGCGCUACGACGACGAGGUCCGGAGCCUGGAGGCGCAGCUGGCCGACCUCGCUAUCCCUGUGUUCCGGCUGCCGCCCGGGGGAGCGGUGGCCAAGAAGCCGUUCUGCGGGGCGGAGGUGUUGGCCUGGUUCCGAGAGCGCGGGGUCAUGGUGCGCGCGGAUGAGAUCGCGGUCGUGGGUGAUCGGCUGGGCACGGAUGUGCUGAUGGCGCGGGAGAUGGGGGCGUGGAGUGUGUGGUGUCGGGAUGGGAUUGAUGCAGGGGGGCAGCGGGAGGGGGCGAAUGUGUUAGAGCGCAUGGAGAUGUGGGUAGAGCGGUAUCUUCGGGUUAAUCGUGGGUUGAAGGCGCCCGUGCCAAAGGGGUUUGCUCAAUGAUUCUUUGCUUUCGCGGGAAGGUGGUGGAAGGGGGGGAGAGUCCGUGGGUUUUGUGUGCUGUACUAUGAUUGAGCUAUAUGAGUUUGGGGGUUCACUGGGUGUAGACUUAGAUACGGUGGAGUUCGAUAGGAGUCCGAUACCCUGCACAAUAGC